GCCACUCUGUGUGUCUUCACUCCUCUCCUCUCUCCUCCUCUGCCAGCAUGGAGUCACAUCAUCACUGAAGUGUGGAUUUGCUCCUCUUGUUUUCUCCUCUUCUCUUCAUUCGGUGUGUGUGUGUGUUUGGGUGUCUGUUCCUGGGCAGGAAUGCUGGUGUCGGCGACAGCACUGUUGGGGGCUACGCUGGGCACCGUGUCUGGAGUGUUGACACUAUGUGGUCUCUCCCUGCUUUGCAAGAGCUGUAAAAAGGGGAAACUUGAGAGUGGAGAUGAGACUGACCCAGAGAAAGCCAAACCUAGUAUCCUGCAUACUCUGACACAGUUCAGUGUGCAUAAGUGCACUGAACCCAUCCAGCCUCAAGCAUCUCUGAAGUUUCCUCAAAUCUACCGGCCCAAACCUUCUGUGACUUCUCAAGAGGUGAUAAACUACAAAGAACAUGGAGCUUCCAAUGACACGUCUGCAGCCGAGCUCGACACCUGUAACCAGGCAACCGAACGUGAGGAGAUUUUCUCCCUCCCGCGGCAAGCGUCUUCUGAUGAAACACCUUGCACAGCUGAGCAAACUGGUGCCAUGACGACAAGUAGCUCCAUCCUGUAUCCGAAACUGCACUUCUCCAUCAGCCUGCACAAAGAAAGCGGAGAGCUACACAUUAACAUUGUUGAAGCGGAGAAUAUAUCAGUGGAAGCAGGAUGUGAGGGAUAUAUAUCAGGGUGUGUCAGUGUCUCUGAAGAGCAGAAACAUGCACACACAGCGGUCCACAAGCUGGCAGCGCAUGUGCAGUGGGGUGAGGAGCUGGUGUUUGCACUACCUAUGGAGGGCACAGAAGACACUGACAGUCUAGAUGGAGAGGUGGCCCUUUCCCUUCACUGCUGUGACCGAUUCUCCCAUAACUCCACUCUGGGCAUGAUGCGCUUCAAGCUGGCUGAUGUAAGCAUGAUGUUGGACGCCGACUGCUGGGUUGACUUACAGCCACCCAAACAGCAGGAAGUGACAUCAUCCACCGGAGAGUUACUAUUAUCGCUCAGUUAUCUACCAGCAGCCAACAGACUUGGAGUUGUAGUAAUGAAGGCUAGAGGACUCCAGUCAGAUAAACUCAAAGACAACAUAGAUCUAUCCGUAAAGCUGACCUUAAAGCACCAAAAUGCCAAGCUGAAGAAGAAGCAGACGCGACGAGUAAAGCACAAGAUGAAUCCAGUCUGGAACGAGAUGAUGAUGUUGGAGCUUCCAAGUGAGCUUCUGGCUAAAUCCAGCGUGGAUUUGGAGGUACUGAACCUGGCCAGCCCUGGGACCCUGCUCCCUCUGGGCCGCUGCAUGCUGGGGCUCCAGACAUCCGGCACUGGCCUGCAGCACUGGAAACAGAUGCUAGAUAAUCCACGCAAACAAAUCGCAAUGUGGCAUCCUCUAUACACCUAAUGUACAGGGUGAUAGUCUCCAAAGCACCACCAAUAUGAUCAGUUAAGCGUGUGGUUGGGUUAAGCUAGUACUCUAUUCCUGUGUAAAAAUAUGCAGUACUUCAAUAUAUUCAAUAUUUAAGUAGAUAUGUGUGAACCCAGUUGUUAUUAUUUGGUAAAGUGAAAGUAAAAGCUGAAGGGAGACUGUCACAUUCAGUACUAAUAUUGUUACACAGUAGUUUAGAGUAUUUUAAAGUGAUGCAUUUACCUUUGGUGUUGUUGUUCAUGUGUGGUUAAAGUACUCAAUGCUAUUUUAAACAGGUCCAACUUGAAGAAAUCCUCAUCUCCCUCUAUAUGUGAAAUACAAAAUAUGACUAAAAACACCGAUAUUUAGUGAGUAUCAUAGUGACUGAUGGGAAUAAGAGGGAAACAGUUUAUGUGCAAUCUGAUGUAAGGUGAAAAGCUGGGCUGAAUCAGGUCAGAGGAAAGGAUAAACCACUGUAUCUUACCAGGUUUGGCAGGAGAGAUAACGAUAAAGGAACAAUCACAACAAAUAAUACGUGAAAACAGACUCUGCCAAAUGAUGUUAUAUGAUCCACAGGCAGCAGUUCUCAGACAGCAUCAGAAUGCAGAAGGGAUUCUGUUAGUUUUGCUGUCACAGCUGGAGUGAUAGAGAACUGAUCACUUACUGUAGAUUGAUUGUGGCCGGUACAUUUACAGGAGUUACGCACUACAUUAUUAUACAGGGUCUCAAUAAGGCAGCUUUAUUCUUCUCAAGAUGCAUGUAUACAGGAUGUAGUCCUGUGUAAU